ACCGGAAAUGAACGUCAUUUUCGCUUGGCAUGUUCUUGCUGAUGGUCAGCAAGUCAGUCCUGGGCUGGGUUUUGUCAUAUUAGAGGGGAAAAUCAAGAAGAGUUUCAAGUAUGACGAGACAAAGGCAGUCAGUGAACCCCGGCACAUAAUGAUUUAAACACAUUUUAACACAUUUAAACACAUUUGCGACCAACAUGGCGAUCAGGGAGCUGAAAGUUUGCCUUUUGGGGGACACGGGAGUCGGCAAGUCGAGCAUCGUCUGCCGCUUCGUCCAGGACCACUUCGACCACAACAUCAGCCCCACCAUAGGAGCGUCAUUCCUGACCAAGACGGUGCCAUGCGGGAAUGAACUCCAUAAAUUCCUCAUCUGGGACACGGCGGGACAGGAGAGAUUCCACUCGUUAGCUCCUAUGUACUACAGAGGAUCCGCAGCGGCUGUCAUCGUUUAUGACAUCACCAAAUUGGACUCCUUCCAGACCCUGAAGAAGUGGGUGAAGGAACUGAAGGAGCACGGGCCUGAGGACAUUGUCGUCGCCAUUGCCGGGAACAAGAACGACUUAGGAGACAUCAGGGAAGUACCCAUGAAGGAGGCCAAAGAGUUUGCCGACUCCAUCACCGCCAUCUUCAUUGAGACCAGCGCCAGGAAUGCUGUCAACGUGGAGGAGCUCUUCCAGAAAAUUAGCAAACAGAUUCCGCCGCUGGAAAACCCGGAGGUGGAACUCAACGAGUCUUUCAAACUGAGCCGCCAGCCAGCUGCGUCCACCCGAAGGUGCUGCUAGUAGUGCAGCAGAGUAGUACUUCAUCUGCACUUCAGUAGCACAAAAUACCUGCAAAACUACAACUUCAUUUUCAGUUUGGCGCCAUCUGCUGGUGCUGGGAUGAUUGCAUCCUGGGUCUGUACAGUCGUCAGGUACAUGACGUCCCUUUUAAUGCUGACUACGCUUUAUUUGUAUAGAAUGUAGCACAGAUGCAGCAUCGGCAGCAUCGGCAGCAUCGGCAGCCCCUCAUUCCGCUACCUUUGCUCUGUUUGAAGGGUUUAUAUACUGCAGUGCUGCACACAAGACCGGCAUGGCGGUUACAGCAUGGCGCCCCCUGCUGAAACGCAGUGAACCUUGACUUUAUACACUUGUUUACAUCAGGGGUGGGCAAACUUUACAAAGUUAACAACAUUGGCUGUGGGGACAGACUACAUAUUUCAUACAUGCACUCUAUUUUAUGCUCGUAUGUUAAGUGCUUCCUUUGGAUACUUUGGAGGCAGCUGGCGGGCCGGAUGUGGCCCCCGGGCCAUAGUUUGCUCACCUCUGCUUUACAGGGACCGUUGUGCUCCGUGUUUUCAUGCUUUGUUUGGUGCUUUGUUCCGUGUCUUAUCACCCAAAAGGGUCAAGCAGUUGUCACUUUGUUGUUUAGUGUCAUCAACUAACGUGUCGUUCGUAGGAGGAGCUUUCUAGCCACACUUUCCCAUGCCUUUAUCUCAUCCAUGCUGGAUGAUAGCCUAGCAUGCAACAAUCAGUUGGGAGCUGCAGCUGCACUUUAACUGGUAAAGUAUACGAUUAUUUUACUUUCAUGGUGACACAAAAGUGCCUCUUUUUUUUGGUGGCAAAGUUGAAGAAUGAUGCAUGCUGUCCUUGUAUCCUGUGUAACCUCUUUAUGUAACUAAUCAAUGUAAUAAAAUAGUCAUUAUUCUAUUUAGCCUACGUUUAUCAUCGUGUCUGGGUU